AUGGCUGUUUCGCUCAAGCGACCAUGGAAGAUAGGUUGUCCCAAGCGCUGGGCCUUCCUGGGAAGCUCUCAGGCUUUGGACACAGCAUACAGGGUCGGCCACGUUGUACUUCAUAUGGCGAGGACAGAACUGCCCACUACCACCACCGUUGGUGCUAUCGAACACUACCAAGGCUCAGAAAGGAAUAAGAUGUUGCUCCUUGUCUCCGAUCUCGAAGCCGUGAUCGUAGGCUCGGGCGCGGUUGUCGCUAUGCGCGCGAUCCUGCCCAUGGCCUAUCACUCAGUUGAGGGCGAGCCGUCGCCCAAUCAGUAUCUCCCCAAGCUCCCUUCCUAG